GACUGGCUGAAUGAAAUUAUUCGUAUUUAGUUAGCUAUAUUUGUGUAGGUAUACAUACUGUAAAGCGUUCGCCAUGUUCAUUAUAUUGUUAAAUGCAUUCUGUUAAAUAUUUAUGUGUACCGGGUCUGGUUUAAGCACUUGUGAACUGGAGCGACCAACUAAAGGAGCUUCAGAGGCCGGACUUUGUUGGGAUUAUUAUGGAACUGGAUCCAGGUCUGGGAUCAGCUCUGGACAUGGAGCUGGGACCCGAGCUGGAGGAGGAGCUGGGCAUAUCUCUGGAUGAGCUGCGCAAGUGGAUUGAGGAGCAGGUGGACAGCAGCGAGACUGUGAAGCACAGAAAGGCCCAGCUAGCUGAACUGCAGGACUGGGUUGAGCAAAAAGAAAAAGACAUUGCAACUGUAGACACGCUGUGCUGCAACGCAUCAGAGUCUGUAGUACAGUGUGAGGUUCUAGUGAAGGAGCUGUACAGUAAAAUAGGUCUUGAAUACCGGGAAAGCAGCUCGGAAGACGACGAAGGAGUAGAUGGUGGUGGCGCUUCGGAGAUCAUUGAAAUUGAUGAUGACGACGAUGACGACGAUGAUGAUGACGACGAAGACGAUGAUGUCAUUGCCGUUGGCUGUGUGGUUCCACCAAAGAAGACUCCAGGCAAAGAUUCAACGCUAAUGGAAACGUCAGCAGCACUUCAUAGGACCUCACAGCAAGUUCACAGCCUGAUGCACACCAUCAGUAAGGGCUCGUCCACAGCGCUCACACCCCCUAAAGGACUCGCCCCGCCUCCUCAGUCCCCACGGGGCAGUAUGCUGAACAUUCCUGCCGUGUUCAUGUCCUCUGGCCCGGGACACGGACCCACCCAGCCGAACCCGGCCCUCAAACAGGAUGUCAUGAAGCUUAACAUGAGCAUUCUGGGGAAAAAGCGCACCAAGACCUGGCAUCGUGGAAUUUUGGUUGCUAUCAAUUCAGUUGGUAACAGCUUUAAGUACAAGGUGAAGUUUGAGAAUAAAGGGAAAAGCCUGCUGUCUGGCAACCAUGUGGCAUUUGACUAUCACCCAACACUGGAAAGGCUGUAUGUGGGUGCUCGCGUUGUUGCCAAAUACAAGGAUGGCAACCAGGUGUGGCUCUAUGCUGGCGUUGUUGCAGAGAUGCCUAACAGCAAAAACCGUAUGAGGUUUCUGAUCUUUUUUGAUGAUGGCUAUGCUUCCUAUGUGGCCUUGCCGGAUCUCUACCCUGUCUGCAGACCAUUGAAAAAGACAUGGGAGGACAUAGAGGAUGAGUCAUGCAGGGACUUUAUUGAGGAGUACAUUACUGCAUACCCAAACAGACCCAUGGUGCUGCUGAAGCCUGGUCAGAUAAUCAAGACAGAAUGGGAGGGCACAUGGUGGAGGAGCCGAGUGGAGGAGGUGGACGGCAGUCUCGUCAAAAUGCUCUUUCUGGAUGAUAAGCGGAGUGAGUGGAUCUAUCGUGGCUCCACCCGGCUAGAGCCCAUGUUCAACCUGAAAAUGAGCACAGCCAACCAUCAGGAGAAAAAGCUGGCUGGCCAGCAGCGCUUCCGACCCAACAUGGGAGCUGUAAGGGCUAAAGGACCUGUGGUGCAGUACACCAAUGAAAACAGUUUGCUUGUCAACCGCCUCCCACUCGCUCAGCCUGUACCACCUCGUCCACAGCUUGCUGCUCCUAUACAGCCUAUCCGUGCUGAGAUUCAGAUGGCAAAGAAGAGCACCUCUCCAUACAUCCCUGCCCCUCGCCAUCUUGUCACAACUGAUCUACAGAUUAGACCUGUUGGCAACCUGAUCCAACAAACACACAAUCCCAGGUUCUUCCUCCUACAGACGGGGACAGUGCAGGGACUAACGACCAUCCUUCCGUCACUGCCGUCACUGCCGUCACUGCAGCCAGUGCAGUCUGCGGUAACGGCGUAUGCCAGCGAGCGGGUUCCUCAGGAGCCGUCUUAUCAGGCCCCUAAUGAUCGUCUCUUCUACAUGGCCCACGUGUGUACUCCUGAGUGUCUGAAACGCAUCCGGCCCACACGGCCAGACCUGCACCGUGGCAGAAACCCGCUCCUCACUCCGCUGCUGUACGAGUUCCGCCGAAUGACCGCCCGCCGUCGUCUGAACCGCAAGAUGUCCUUCCACGUGAUCUACAAGUCACCGUGUGGCCUGAGCCUGAGGAACAUGACGGAGAUCCAGCGCUACCUUUUCCAGACACACUGUGACUUCAUCUUCCUGGAGAUGUUCUGUCUGGACCCGUACGUCCUGGUGGACCGUCGCUUCCAGCCCCAGAGACCCUUCUAUUUCAUCCGGGACAUCACAGCCGGACGCGAGGACAUCCCCCUGUCCUGCGUCAAUGAGAUCGAUAACACACCUCCACCUAGUGUGGCUUACAGUAAAGAACGCAUACCAGAGGACGGAGUCUUUAUCAACACCAGUGAUAAUUUUCUGGUGGGGUGUGACUGCACUGACGGCUGCCUAGACAAAUCAAAGUGUUCUUGCCACCAGCUGACGCUGCAGGCCACGGGGUGUACUCCUGGAGCUCAGAUCAACCCCAACGCUGGAUACAAUUACAAGAGGCUCGAUGAGUGCUUACCCACAGGCAUGUAUGAGUGCAACAAGCAGUGCCGCUGUAAUCCUCAGAUGUGCUCCAACCGCUUGGUGCAGCAUGGCCUGCAGGUGCGCCUGCAGCUCUUUAAGACCCAGAACAAAGGCUGGGGCAUCCGCUGCCUGGAUGAUGUAGCCAAAGGCUCUUUUAUCUGCAUCUAUGCAGGAAAAAUCCUCACAGAUGACUUUGCAGAUAAGGAGGGCUUGGAAAUGGGCGACGAGUACUUUGCGAACCUGGACCACAUUGAGAGCGUGGAGAACUUUAAGGAGGGUUAUGAGAGUGAGGCACACUGCUCAGACAGCGAGGGCAGCGGCGUUGACAUGAACCAGGUCAAAAUGUCAACCACAGCCAGGAACGCCCAGAAGACAGAGGGCAGCAACCGCAAAAGCCAAGGUUCUUCUGACAGUGAUGAAAGCGAAGAUGACAAGGAGGAGUCCAACGGUGAUGAGAGUGACAGUUCAGAUGACACGUUUGUAAAAGACACUUACUACUCCUCCAGCUCUGUGUGGAGAAGCUACACGACUCGUCGACAGACGAAGGGCAUGAAGGAAGAGAGUCAGGACAGUAAGGAUGGACUAAGCACAUCAGGUGGAGGAACGGAGGACAGGAAGCCUCCUCCUGUGCCAGAGGAGUGUGGAAAAAGUAAAGUGGCAUCAUGGUUGACCGGGCAGUCAGCCACUCCCGGAGCUCAGAGUGUCAAAGAGGAACAAGCGGUGAAGACCGAGAAGAAGGAGGUGAUGACUCUGUCUGACAGUGACGACGUGCAAACUAUCAGCUCUGGGUCGGAAGAAAACAAAGAGCGGGUGAAAAAGCCUCAGGUGGUGGUGAAGAGGCAGGUAGCAGUAAAAUCUACGCGAGGCAUUGCUUUGAAGUCUUCACACGGCAUGAUGGUGAAAACAGGAGGAGGUGGGGGCGGUGGCACCAGAGCCAAUCAGAAUAAAGAGGCCAAUGCCGGAGACGGUGUCUCCAAAAGCACACGGCAGUUUUAUGAUGGGGAGGAAUCGUGUUACAUCAUUGAUGCCAAACUGGAGGGCAACCUGGGACGCUACCUCAACCAUAGCUGCAGUCCCAACCUGUUCGUCCAAAAUGUAUUUGUGGACACGCAUGACCUGCGGUUUCCAUGGGUGGCCUUCUUCGCAAGCAAGAGAAUCCGUGCUGGAACCGAGCUGACUUGGGAUUAUAACUAUGAAGUCGGCAGCGUGGAGGGCAAAGAGCUGCUGUGCUGCUGCGGCUCCACCGAGUGCCGAGGGCGACUGUUAUAAUGUGUACACGAGCACUGACGACAUGUGUGUUCAGAACCACAGAGAACGCUACAGUGUGUGUGUGGCUUUAGGAUUGUUGUGCUUCUUUGCAGGUCUUUAUGUUGAAGCUCUGAAAUGAAGCUCUAGCUACAACCUAAAAUGGGACACACUAAGCUGUGCCUGGAAAUGCAGUUCUUCUCUGCUACUUACUGUAAAAAUGGACUUGAAAGAGCUGAAACGCAAACAGUUUUGCUCUGGAUCCUUUACGGCUGUCGAGGUAGUUGGUUUGAAUGAAUUAGCAUGUAGGUUUGUCUCACUAUUUUUUAUAAUCAGCUCUGUUCUGUGUUGGAAAGGUUUUUUGUCCUGUUUGUAAGAACAGACCAAACUGUACUGUGCAACAAAAUAAAUUCUGUUCUGAUGUACCAUAACUUA